AUGUUGGCCUUCGCUGCCUCUCCGCAGCUCUCUUUCGAAGCCAAGGUGUACGGCACAACACCCAGGCGCAAACCAGACACGAGCCGAGGCCUAGUCCCUGAUGAGCCUCACCUGGCAGAGCGCGUCCGCUUGGCCUUGAAUGGUGAGCCGAUGCCUGAUCCUUCUCAAGAGCCAGAGGCAUGGUGUACAAGUCCUUUGCGGGGCAUGGAAGCUCGGAAGCGCUCCACAAAAGCAGCCUUGAAGGCGGCCUUGCGGAAAGCAGACGAGAGUCCAGGACGAGUGGUAAUGCUGCUUCUGGAUGCGGAUGGUGAGCCCAUCGCGGAGGUGCUGAAGCAAGUCCGAAGGGGCGGUGCUGUUCAAGGUCUUGUGGUGCUGGUGGGCGAUCACCGUGGCUUCACGGGCGAAGACAUGGAAAAAUAUGAGAAGGUCGCUCUGUCAUCUGGCGCAGAUGUCAUUCGUGCUUCGUUGGGCGGCACAACACUCCUAGGUUCCCAUGCCAUCGUCAUCCUGCAGCACUACUUGGACGAGCACAUGCAUCGCUGUGAGGUAGCCAAGCAAGUGGACUACGGUCGUGGACGGUGA